AUGGGGCGCAGCCACUCAGCGCGCCGGGCGGACGGGUGCCCCGGGCAGAAGAGCGGCAGCGCGGUGCCACCCGCACGGGCGGAGAAGCCUCCCCUGGAGCAGCUCUACCUGCAGGGCCCGCUGCUGGGCAGCGGCGGCUGCGGCAGCGUUUACUCCGGGAUCUGGCUCGCCGACGGCGCCCUGGUGGCCAUCAAGCGAGUGUCCCGGGAGCGCAUCUCGGAGUGGGUACGGCUGCGCAACGGCGCCCUUGUGCCCCUGGAGCUGGCGCUGCUGUGGAUGGUGUCGCGGCCUGGCUUCCGCGGCGUCGUGCGGCUCCUGGACUGGUUCGAGGUGACCGAGGGCUUCACGCUGGUCAUGGAGCGUCCGCAGCGCUGUCAGGACCUCUGGUACUUCCUGCACCAGCGGCGGUUCCUGACGGAGCCCGUGGCGCGGGGGCUGUUCCGCCAGGUGCUGGAGGCCGUGCGGCACUGCAGCAGCCGCGGCGUCCUGCACCGCGACAUCAAGGCCGAGAACGUCCUCGUCGACCUGGCCACGGGCGAGGCGAAGCUCAUCGACUUCGGCUGCGGCACGAUCCUCCAGGACACGAUCUACACCCGGAUGUCAGGAACACCGGAGUACAGCCCACCGGAGUGGAUCCUCUUUGGCUGCUACCAUGGCCAUCCAGCCACUAUCUGGUCCCUGGGCAUCCUGCUCUAUGAGCUGGUCUGCGGGCACCUUCCUUUCCACACCAACAAGAACAUCGUCCGGGGCCAGCUCGUCUUCCCGCCCCGGGUGCCUCAAGAGUGCCAGCACCUCAUCAGGUGGUGUUUAUCCAUGGACCCCACACACAGGCCAUGCUUGGAGGACCUUUUUGAGCAUUCUUGGCUGCAGGAGCCCUGCCUAGCCCAGGAGACAGCAGAGAUGCAUCCUGAGCACAGUAGGAUCCAGGAGCCCAGCAAGCAGCAGCGGCACGCGUCUCGUGGCACUGGAAGAAAACCCCGGAGCGUUUCCUUGCGGCCGCGGCGCGGAGGAGAGAGCGCAGCCGAGGAGAUGCUGCUUCCGCUGGUCCCCACGAACUGUGGAGGGAGCGGCUCCGUGCUGCCCAUCCCAUUGGAGAAGUGGUGGCAGUGCAGUGAAGGUGACACGGAUUGGGACAGAGGAAACAUCCCCCUGCAGCUCAAUGGCAUCGUGAUGUCCCCGCAAGCCGAGGCACAGCUGGCGUGUUCUUCUGGAGCACAAUGUGGAGCUGGGAACACCAUCCUGGAGCUGGCCGCUGGCGGGGCAGAGCCAAUUGGUUUUGUCUGCGGCCCCUGCCUGAAGGACACGCUCUGCACUCCGAUGGAAUCAAGGUGA